CAAAUCGUCUUGGUCGGUUGCUCACAAUUAGGUACCGCAAAGAAUGACGUCGAUUUGCUAUCUCUUUGGUUUUGCGAUGAUGGCACUCGUGCAGUCUAUCUCUGCAGCUUUCCCUUUUCCUACUCUCACUAGGAGAUCAACCGAAAGAGUGAUAACAGAGAGUGAAUAUCGGAGCCCACUGCCAGAUGCUCGAUAUUGUCACAGACCCAGAGGACUCCACGACUCCAACUGCUCGGUUGACGUCGACAAAGCGUCUUGCCGUCUUUCCGAAUUGUACGAUUGCAACUCGUUCUACGUUAGCCUAUCGGGGCCCGCCGAUCGCAACAGCGUGGAGAAUGUGGGGCGAUAUUGUAAACCAAAUCACACGUCGGUAGCUCUUUCAACGACAACGCUUGACUCGAAGCAUCUGUGUGAGUACGACGUCGUGUGCAAGAUGAAGUCGAAUAUAAUUCCGUCGACGUACUGGGAAGCAACGCUUCGUAAGAACGGAGAUAGAGAUUGCAAGAUUGCUGCCAGUGCUAGCGGAUCGCGAGGGUAUUGUCGAAAGAUACAGCACGAACUCCACGUCUUAGAAAAUCAAGGGUGCGAUGGUAGAGUUGGUCAGCAACGGUACCGGCCUGGCUCUCUGCUGGUGACUGUGGCGUUUGCGUGUACAAGUAAUGUUUACGAGUAGUAUUCAAGAAAAACUUUAGUUUUGCAAUUUGGGAUUAGCAUUGGAAUUUGGUAAAUUUAGAAUCUGCUUUCAACUUAUAGAGACGUAUUGGAAUCCAGUGUAUUUUUAGAUUAAUUACUAUAUGAUGAGCAAUAGACCAUGGCAUGCACUUUGUGAACGAGACAAGAACUUUAAAGUGCACAGUUAGAGAUGGGGAAUAACUCUAAGCAUGGCGCUUGUAUCUAUACAGCAUACUAUCUUCUAGUUAAGAUCAGUGGAGUUUCUAUGUGUUGCGCUGUAUUAUGUAGUGUGUGGGUGCGUUUGUGCGUGUGCGCGCGUGCGUGCGUGCGUGCGUGCGUGCGUGCGUGCCCGUGCGUGUUCAGGUGCAAGCAACAUUAAUUACUGUAAACAUUUGCACUAAACAGCAGUAUCUCCUUGCUGUGGCAAUUGUGAGUGAC